GGAGGCGGCGCGGAGCAGCGGCGGCGCCCGCGCGGGGAUGGCGGCUCCGGGAGCGCUGGAAGCGGCGGCCGGCAGCGUGCCGGGCACCAAGGUGGAGCUCACUGUGUCCUGCCGGAACCUGCUGGACAUGGACACCUUCUCCAAGUCCGACCCAGUGGUCAUCCUCUUCGUGCAGGGCACGGGGAGCAGCGAGUGGAAAGAAUUCGGGCGCACCGAGGUGAUCGACAACACCCUGAACCCCGACUUCGUCCGCAAGUUUGUCCUCGAUUACUACUUUGAGGAGAAGCAAAACCUUCGCUUUGACGUCUACAACGUGGACUCUAAGAGCUGCUCCAUCUACAAGCAGGACUUCCUGGGGCAGGCGUUCGUGGCAUUGGGAGAGGUGAUCGGGUCCCAGCGGGGCCGUCUGGAAAGAGCCCUCACGGGGGUCCCAGGGAAGCGGUGUGGGACCAUCCUGCUGCUGGCCGAGGAGCUGAGCAACUGCAGGGACAUCGUCACCAUGCAGCUGUGUGCCAACAAGCUGGACAAGAAGGACUUCUUUGGGAAAUCCGACCCCUUCCUUGUCUUCUACCGCAGCAACGAGGACGGCACCUUCACCAUCUGCCACAAGACGGAGGUGGUGAAGAACACACUUAACCCAGUGUGGCAGCCCUUCACCAUACCCGUGCGUGCCCUCUGCAACGGUGACUACGACCGCACAGUGAAGAUUGAUGUGUACGACUGGGACCGGGAUGGGAGCCACGACUUCAUCGGGGAGUUUGCCACCAGCUACCGGGAGCUGUCCCGUGCACAGAGCCAGUUCACAGUGUAUGAGGUGCUGAACCCCAGGAAGAAGUGCAAGAAGAAGAAAUAUGUCAACUCUGGCACCGUGACUCUGCUCUCCUUCUCCGUCGAGUCUGAGUUCACCUUCGUUGACUACAUACGGGGCGGGACACAGCUGAAUUUCACCGUCGCCAUUGACUUCACGGCCUCCAACGGGCUGCCAUCGCAGCCCACGUCGCUGCACUACGCCAGCCCCUACCAGCUGAGCGCCUACGCCUUGGCACUCAAGGCCGUCGGGGAGAUCAUCCAGGACUACGACAGUGACAAGCUCUUCCCUGCCUACGGCUUUGGUGCCAAGCUGCCACCCGAUGGCAAGAUCUCCCACCAGUUCCCCCUGAACAACAACGUGGACAACCCCAGCUGUGCUGGCAUCGAGGGCGUGCUCGAGUCCUACCUGCAGAGCCUGCGCACCGUGCAGCUCUACGGGCCCACCAACUUCGCCCCCGUCAUCAACCAGGUGGCCGGCACGGCUGCCCAGGUGACUGACGGCUCUCAGUACCACGUCCUGCUCAUCAUCACCGACGGUGUCAUCUCUGACAUGAUGCAGACCAAGGAGGCCAUCGUUACCGCCUCUGCGCUGCCCAUGUCCAUCAUCAUCGUGGGAGUGGGGCCGGCUGAGUUCGAGGCCAUGGAGGAGCUGGACGGGGAUGAGGUGCGCGUGUCGUCGCGGGGACGCUACGCCGAGAGGGACAUCGUGCAGGUGAGGCUGCGGGGCUGGGCGCGGGGCAGCACCAGGCCCUGCGCUUCCGCUCGGGGCCGCCGUGCGGCCGUGGCCGUGGGGCAGAGCUCGGGGCCGGGCCCCCCGCUGCCCCCAGUUCGUGCCGUUCCGGGACUACGUGGACGAGGCGGGCAGCCAGGUGCGGAGCAUGGCGCGCCUGGCCAAGGACGUGCUGGCCGAGAUCCCCGAGCAGCUGCUGUCCUACAUGCGGGGCCGCGGCAUCGAGCCCCGCCGCAACGCCGCGCAGUGACGGAAGCGGCGCGGCCGCGUCACCGCCGGGUCCGGUCGCGGAGCGCCGUGCGCGGGGCUGCGCCGCCGUCACCGACCGCAAUAAAACGCUCCAACCGCACCGGGCCGCUGCGGCGCGGGUCCUCGUCCUUGAGAUUCGCGUCGGCAGAUUCGCCGCUCGCCGCGCGGCACCGCGUCCCCUCCUCUUCGGGAAGCGCGCUCCGUUCUCCUCGCUCCGAUCUCCUCGCUCUGCUCUCCGCCGCUCCGCCCACCCCUCUCCGCCCGCCCACGGCCCGUCCCGCCCGCUCCGCCGGCGCGGUGGCGAAAGUGCGGUUGCUAAGGCCGCCGCGCGCUUUACCCAGCGGCGCCCCGCGCUCCUCCAUUGUUGCGGGCCGGGCCAUGGCGCGGGCGCGGGGCCGCUGAGCGCGGCAGGAGGCGGCAGCAGGGCCGGGCCUCGGCGCCCCAGCGCCGCCCGCACGAGGCCGAGGCCGCGCCAUGGGGGUCGACUUCGACGUGAAGACGUUCUGCCACAACCUGCGGGCC